AUGAGACACUCAAAGCGGCUUUCGCCUACUUUUCCUGCCUACGAAGACGGUGAUGUUGUUAACUGUGUCUACUUUGGCAUCAGAGUUGACAUGGCAGGUCGAAGAAGAUGGUGGUCUCUUAUAAAAGGACCACAUUCUCCUGUCACCUACACCUCUGCCCUGCUCUCUCAAACACCAGGUACCAUGGUACCUCUUCUUAUCUUCAUGCUGCAAGCCCUUCUCGUCUUUACUGUUUCCGACGCUGGAAGCUGUUUCCGAAUUCGCCUCCCCAAUGGCCGCUGCCAUGAGCUGCUUCAGCGUAACUACAUAACGCGCUCCGAGUGCUGCCGUUUGGGUGGAUUCUACGUGAGCGGACACCUCACAGAACCGCAAUUUGUGAGGGACCUCCUCUUGCGGCGCACCGGCAUUGCUAACUGCCAUUACUCCUGCCAGAGGGCACUAGACUACUUUUUAGGCUUCCACAAUGAGAGUUGCGCUCGGGUCAACUGUCCGGACGGUUUUAGAUGUGAAGUGCAGAACCAUGAGGCUGUCUGUGCUUGCUCCUCCAUUUGCAUCGUGGAGGACUUUGAGUCUGGACCAGUGUGUACCACAGAUUUUCGGCAAUUCCGCAACCGUUGCUCCUUCUUGAAGGAGCGCUGCCGCAAUCUGGACACUCUCCUUGUGGAAAUGGAAUGUCCACCUGCCGAUCAUGUCUGCCCUUACAGGCAAAAUACCAGUCAUCUUGAGGAUCAUGACUAUGCAUAUCCAGUGAGAAUCUGUCCGCCAAACAAAGUCUGUAUUGUCCGGCAGUACAGUGGAAGAGCGAGUUGUGAAGAUCCCAAUUGGCUCGGUAGAAAGCACAUUGAAUCCGCCUUCGAUAGAGUGACUGUUAGCAACCUGGACUCCUGUGCCAACAGUCCAUACGGCAGCCCCAUUUGCGGCACGGAUAACAACACCUACAACAACCAGUGUCACCUUCGAAAAGCAAGUAUUCAAAAGGGUCUGGAAAUCAGGGUUGCCUACUUGGGACCCUGCAGAAAAAAUGCGACGUGUGACCAGAUCAGAUGUCAAAGCCCCCAUAUGACAUGCGUGCCACAUGUCAGAACUGGCCAGCCAGUGUGUUUGGAUUGCACGGAUCUGCCACCCAACUGCAAUCCUCGAGUAUUUGUUCGAAUAAAUCCUGCCGAAAUUGCUGAGAUGACUCUCUUUGAAAUGUUCAAAGAGGCGAAACAAAACUUUGGUGAUCCACGGUGGCACGGAGACGUCUUCACAAAUGGCUGGCCUCGGGUGUGUGGAAGUGGAAGAAAAUCAUUCCCCAAUGCCUGCUUCCUACACGUCUACAAUUGUAUCGCCAAACGCUUUGUCGACCUUGUCUCAACUGGAUAUUGUCCAGCCGAGUAA